AUGUAUUUUAUACUAGUAUUUAACAUUUGCACAGAGUAUGAUUUGAUGAUAUUGAAACUAGACGAGUUAGAUAAAUUGAUUUCCGAUAACGAUGACGGAAGUUUGGAUGAUUCGAUUCAUGAUAAGCUGUUUGAUAUUAUCCGCUACCAUCAGCGGCUAAAUGAUUUCAUUUCGAAAUUUGAUGAAGUGUACUCUUACCAGCUCUUUAUGGAAAUCAGUGUCGAUGCUUUGCAGGUUCUCAUCACCUUGUUUGUUAUGUACAUAGAGCUCUGGAUGCCCGGCUUUGUAGUGAUCACAGUUGCGACAUUCCAGUUGCUACUCUAUAGCCUAUUGGGAACGUUAAUCGAAAUUAAAACGGAUGCAUUUACGGAUCGUAUCUACGAUGUACAGUGGCAUGAGUUAGCGAAAAAGGAUCAAAAGAUCAUAGAAAUCAUGCUUCUGACAUCUCAGACACCAAAUCUGUUGACGUACGGAGGAUUGCUACCGUUGAAUGUGAAUUUUUUCCAAUCGCUCUAUCGGAAAAUCUAUUCGGUAUUAAUGAUGUUACAAAACUUAAACGAGUAG